AGCUUGAGAAUUGAGAUGACGUUGAUGAUACGGAGAUGGAGUUCUAAAAAAGCUUUGAAAUUUGUUCAGCCUCGCGAGACAGGUACUCUGAGAAAUGCUUUACUCCUACAAAAUCUUGUUUCUUGCUGCCAUCGAGACUUUUCUGGUUUCAGCGGUAGAAAUCUCUCUUACAGAGAGAGAUUGAGAAGUGGGCUUGUAUAUAUUAAGGAAGAUGAUGCUGUUGAUAUCUUCCAAUCCAUGAUUAGGUCUCGUCCUCGUCCUAGUCUCGUUGAUUUCAGUAGAUUGUUUAGUGCCGUUGCCAGGACAAAACAGUACGAUCUUGUGUUAGAGCUCUGCAAGCAAAUGGAGUUGAGUGGGAUUGCCCAUGACAUCUACACUUUGAGUAUUAUGAUCAAUUGUUUCUGUCGAGGUUGUAAACUCGGUUUUGCCUUUUCUUCUAUGGGGAAGAUCAUAAAACUUGGGUAUGAGCCUAACACCAUCACUUUUACAACUUUGAUUAACGGAUUAUGUCUCCAGGGCCGAGUCUCCGAAGCCGUGGGGUUAGUUGAUCGAAUGAUAGAAAUGGGACAAACACCCAAUCUCAUUACGAUUAACACUUUGGUUAAUGGACUUUGUCUCAAUGGCAAAGUCUCUGAAGCUGUGGUUUUGAUAGAUCGAAUGGUUGAAAUUGGUUGUCAACCUGAUGAAGUUACCUAUGGACCGGUUUUAAAUGUAAUGUGCAAGUCCGGCAAAACUGCCUUGGCCAUGGAAUUGCUCAGAAAGAUGGAAGAAAGAAAUAUCAAGCGCGAUGCAUUCAAAUACAAUAUCCUCAUUGAUGGGCUUUGCAAAGACGGGAGCCUCGGAGACGCAUUCAACCUAUUCAAUGAGAUGGAAAUGAGAGGGAUCAAAUCAAAUAUUAUUACCUACAACACUCUCAUUAGAGGCUUCUGUAAUGCUGGUAGAUGGGAUGAUGGUGCCAAAUUGCUUAGGGAUAUGAUCACAAGGAAUAUCGCCCCAGACGUCUUCACAUUCAACGCAUUGAUUGAUAAUUUUGCGAAAGAGGGAAAACUUGUAGAGGCCAAAGACUUGUACGAGGAGAUGAUCACAAGAGGUAUAGCUCCUGAUACUAUUACAUACAAUUCUUUGAUAGAUGGGUUUUGCAAAGAGAACCGCCUAGAGGAGGCAAACCAGAUGCUGGGUCUGAUGGUUAGCAAAGGGUGUGACCCUGAUACCGUUAUUUAUAACAUUAUCAUAAAUUGUUAUUGUAAGGCUAAGCGGGUUGACGAUGGUUUGGAACUCUUCCGCAAAAUGUCCCUGAGAGGAGUGGUUGUUAAUACAGUUACUUAUAGCACUCUAAUCCAAGGGUUUUGUCAAUCGGGAAAACUUAAUGUUGCUAAAGAACUCUUCCAAGAGAUGGUUUCUCGUGGUGUUCCUCCUAAUAUUGUGACGUAUUCUAUUUUGCUGGAUGGUUUGUGUGACAGUGGAGAACUAAAAAAAGCAUUGGAAAUAUUUGAAAAAAUACAGAAGAGUAAGAUGGAACUUGAUAUUGGUAUCUAUAAUAUCAUCAUUCACGGGUUGUGCAAUGCUAGUAAGGUGGAUGAUGCUUGGGAUUUAUUCUGUAGUCUACCAGUUAGAGGAGUGAUGCCCGAGGUUAAGACAUACACCACAAUGAUUUCAGGAUUAUGUAAGAAAGGGUCACUCUUGGAAGCAAAUAUGUUGCUUAGAAAAAUGAAGGAGGAUGAGCAUGAGCCUGAUGGUUGUACAUACAACACACUAAUACGAGCACAUCUCCGAGGUAGUGACAUAAAUACAUCAGCUGAAUUCAUUGAAGAAAUGAAAAAGGGAGGGUUCGCUGCUGAUGCGUCCACUAUAAAGAUGGUUAUGGAUAUGUUAUCGGAUGGUAGAUUGAACAAAGGCUUUUUGGAUAUGCUUUCUUAGAAUUGUAGGUGUUUACAUCAUAUAAUCAAAGAUUCAGUUUUUAGUUUGACCAUUGAUUGUGGUGAGAGACAUAUAUAUUGGAUUGGUCAAUGCUCCUCCU